GUGCGCAUCGACAGUGUUAACUGCACACUGUGCGGGGCUGGGCUUGAUGGGGCCCCCUGCUCGCAUGCCCGAUCUCGGAUGAAGAAGCUGCGGGGCGACUGGUCGAACAGCGAUGACCCUCAGCAAAGGAGGGCGGCGACGAAGCUCAGCGAGCGUCUCGACGCAGCCGACUUGGCACAGAAGCUCGCCCAGCGAGGUUCCUUGCGCAGCCUCGACAAGACCGCAUUCCAGGACAGGGCGAAGACCUUGGUCAGCACGAACAUGGUGUUUCCGUCGGCCUUGGCUCGGGAGAUUACCGACAGGCACGUCUCCGACGUGAUGCAGUCCUUCUUGAAGGGCACCUUGGGGACUCGCAGCGUCUGCGCCUCAUUCUUCCCCUGCAACCUCGAUGACCAGCGUGGCUGCGACAUGCUUCUUCUACCUGCGCAGGCUGCUGAAUAUUUCGAGCGCUGCCUGUGUUCGUACGUGCUGAGCCCGUUGCUGAAACAGUGGUCGGCGAUGACGUCCGUGGGUUUGACGGUGAUCGUCGUUGAGAUCAUGCAGUUUCUCCGUCAGCAGCCAGCUGGUCUCAGCAAGCCGCUGCGCCAGAGCUGCAACGCCGGGGUCAAAGUGCGCCGAGCCAUCUUGUACCUGGUGGGGGACAGCGAUCGCAGCAAGCACGGGAGGGAGUUCGCGUUCGCGCACGACCACAUGCCAGCCGCUGGCCCAAGCAAGACGGGUUGGCAAGGGCUCAUCGGCUUCACGAGGGGGGUUUUGGCUUCAGAGUCGGAGUUCCCCAAGCCGAUGACCCCAGACAUGCGCCAGACGAAAGCUAUUCAAUCGACGGCCAAAGCGACGCUGGAUGAGCACUGCGCGAAGGUGCUCGAGGCUUUUGCGUCCAGCCUGGGCGCGGCUGCAGAGGCAGCCAUGGCCAGCAUGUGGCAUGAGGGCGUGGACCCCAAAGCCAACUUGGAGCUCCUCGUGGCUGCGAGGUCGCACUUCGAAGUUGCCUCCAAGAGCUCGACUGUGAAACUGCCUGCAGAGUCCAGCAAGGUGAAGGAGAAGAUUGCCGAGGCCGCUCCCAAAUUUCAAGGGGCCUUGACGCUGCAGCAGUUCUUGCCGCACCUCGUCUGCCAGACCAAGGACGACCUCAAAUCGCAGGAGAAGCGCCAGUUACUGCCUGUCUUCGACAAGCUCGUCAACCUUCUGAAUUUCGAGCAUGGCCAGAAGCGGGGGCAUUGGAACAAACAGAUCAUGCGCAUGAGGACCGUCAAUGUUAUCAGUGCUGACGUCGCGAAAUACAACGCGGAGGGGGGGAAGCGCCUCGACUCGCCUGACACGAUCGCGCUUCUUGACCAGCUCACCUGUUGUUCCGAGAAGCUCGAGAAUCUGUGCAGUCA